CUAAUGCCCGGCCAACAACACAAAAAAAAAAACAAUAAAAUCUCCAACUAACCACAUCUAUGCGCCAACUAACCCACCAUGACUACAAAAUCCAAUCCCAAUCAUAACACAUGACCUCCAUACGCACAUACAUCAAAUCUCGUGAUAGGAUUUUAUAACAGAGGAAUGUCGCGAAGCGUACAAUAGCCUUGUGGAAAAACCGGCAGCCACGCUACAUCGUUUCAACAAUGUUAAAUUAACCAGUUUGAAAAAUUCAAUGCAGCUCUCGUCAUCCAUGUCUGCGCUCCAAGUACCUGCUAGUAAAUCAACGAUGACUAGUACACCUUCAAUUCCCGCAGAUAAUUCACUCGCUUGUGCGCAGCCAUCAAUUACACAGAAUUGUACCAGUGAAUUAAAAAUGCCAAGUAAACCAGCACCACGUCCAAACACAUUACCGAAUCGAGGAUCAGCACCAAAUAAACCAAUUCGAACUGAUUUGGAUACAAAUCCAUUGCACAUUUUACGCGAUAAAAAUUAUCGUAUCAUUCGACCCCGAAUGAAAGUCAAUUCAAUCGGAAUGGACCCAACAUCAAUUGAUUCGUCAAUGCCAGCUGAUCCCAAUAGCAAUCAGGAUGAUGCUUGUGAAAGUCCCAGUUACCUAACAAACACACAAUAUACAUUCUCCGAGCGUGAUGUAAAUAUCCAUCAUAAUGAUACGCAAAAAUUCAUUGGCAACAAAGAAAUUGAAAAUUUAAAUCCGAUUCCAUUGCCACCGCGUGAUCGCAAUAAAGUAUUAUUAACGAAUGUCAAGCGACACGUACGUAAGCAUCCACUUAUCAUUCCGGCGUCCGGUCUUCAACGAACACUAAACAAAGUAACAACGCCAGUGGAAGAGAAAAAUCCAUUAGCCGGAUUGACGACGGCCAUCAAUCACGACGAGAUCGACGGCAGUGCAAAAUCAUCAUCCAAUUCCAACAAAAUCAAUUAUAAUAUGCCAAGAACAUCUACAAAACCAGCCGAGGUUAUGAAAUUGACGCAAUACACAUCAUCUUGGAAAAAGUUUAUUGACAAAAAAUUUGCUGAAGAUGAAUGUCGAACCUAUGAGAAUUUGGAUGCAUUGCGAAUGCAGGUCGAUAAUACUGAUUCGGCAUCGUUGCAUUUUGAAUCGAUACUCGAAGGUGACAUCAAUCAAGUUGGCGAUGCGAGUCAGAACAGUUCCGGACAUAAUUUCCUAUUUGAAUCAGAAAACUAUGAUAUUCCGCGAAUGAAUGCCAAUGCAGUUGUACAAAAAUCAGUUCACGACACUGAAAUGGCAUCAUACGAAAAUACGAAUCUAAAUAAUGAUAUUGAACGAAAACGACGAGAAUUCGCACUUAAGUAUCCAAAUUAUGCACAAACAAAGGAUGAACUAACCGAUAAUGCAUUAUUCAAUAAAUUCCGUAGUGCAGCUGAUGAGUGUAUUGCCUCGUCUAGCGUUAUGACGCAUAGUACAAUUACCGACGAUGACAUUAGUGGCGAUGAAUCAAACGAUGAACUGCCAGAAGGAAAAUUAAAAGAUUCGAAUUCGGUAAGUUGUGAAGAUUUACUUGAAUUUGCCAACAAAAAACCGAAAGGCAGAGAGCGUGGCAUUGAAUCUGAUGAAGUUCGAAUUAUGAGCAAAGUAUUGGGAACCAAUACAACACCUGAACAGUGCAUCAUUGCGUUGGAUUUUAUCGAAUGGAACGUGCAUCGAGCAAUCAAGAUAAUCUCACUUCAAAAUGCAUUGAAACCUAAACGAAAUAUUACGUUCGAAGAGUGCGUAGAAGCUCUGCAAAAGCACGAUUGGGAUCUGCAUGCCACAUCUAUAAAAUUGGGAACCAAUUAAUUAUAUGUAGUCAGUCCAACAAGUAGUAUAUCAGUGUACUGCAAUAAUUUUAGUGCCAAAAUCGCGAUAAUUUUAACUUCAAGCAAUGAUGAAUGUUUUUUAAUCAAUGAUGUUGUAAUUUUUUUUUCUUUGUAGAACUCUAGUUCAGUGAAACAUUCAUAAUUUGCAAAAAAAAAUGUAAUAAGAUUUUUAGUCACAGUAUUUUACAUACCUAAACACUGUUUACAAAUCAUACGAACGCACACAGAUAUUUCAUUUAAUAUUAAAUAGAACCAUUUUUCCACAGUUCGAUUAUAAAGAAAUAGAAUUGUUUUCGUACUUACACUUUGUAAUACAAAAGAAAAGAAUAUUAUUAUUAGAAAGAAAUG